AUGAAGAUUCACUGCCUUUUGCCAUUUUUAGCAGCGUCUCAAGAAUUCGAUGAAGAUUUUUCUGGGUCUGUCAGACUCGAAGCUCCAGCGCUAGAUUCUGAGGAGGGGGGAAAUUGGCAUAUUGCGCCGCAUUUACUUUGCGAUGCUUGUCGGAUUAUUUCAAUGGAGAUUAAUAAGAGAAUCACUAGUGAAAUCAACAAGUUUCCAUCAGUCAAAAGCGGUAAAAAGGAGCUAUCCGAAGAUCGAGUUCUUGAAAUCAUAGAAGAAAUUUGCGAUGAUCCAAAAACUUUCAAAGACGCAGGACUCAAAGUUAUUGAUGGAGUUCAGAGAAUAAGCGCGCCAGGGUACGAAACAGUGCAAGUUCCCGGAGUAACGCAAGGUGGAAUGAUGUGGCCCCAUCGCUUCAAAAUCAAGUGCAAUCAAAUGGUCGAAGAAAACUUUGAAGAUGAAUGGGAAAUCUACAAAUAUGUUCGUCAGAAUCCAUCAGGGCUGAUUUACAAAAUCUGUUAUCAAGACGAAAAAGCGGACUGCAUGAGAUAUCCUGUCUCUUCUGUUGCUCAAAAUAAAGACGAAUUAUAG